GAUUAAAAUAUUUAUACAAAUUAGAAUGUAUAUUUCUAUUAUGUAUCAUUUACACAAACGUAAUCAAACGUUAAAGUUUUAAAAUUAUAAAAAAUGAAAAUUUUUUCUCUAAUUUUUGCCAUUUUGGCUUUGGUUUCUUCAGCUGUCGCUGUCAAAAAUGCUGUUUGUGGCUUGAGACAUUCUAUGGACGGUAAUGGGCAAGGUUUAGGCUGUAUGGCUUAUUUCCCAUCGUGGUCAUACAAUGCUGAUACUAACGAAUGUGUUAAAUUCGUCUAUGGCGGUUGCGGUGGUAAUGCUAAUCGUUUCGAUUAUGUUGAAGAAUGUGAAGAUAUGUGCAAGGAAUGAAUUGUAAUGCAAUUUUUAAUUUUUUUAAAUAAUUAAAAUAUAUAUUUUUUUGUGAAUUUUAUCAAAAUCUCAAUAUAAAUAAAUAAUAAAUAGUUUUUU